AUGCCGUCUUCACACUCGUUCCCGGUCCCAAUUAACUCAACUAACGUAAACACGAACGCCGUCUCGAUCUCGAGGUCUCCCACUCAGCAAUUGGCCAGCUUGUCCAUGUCUGUCUCACCGACGCAAGUGACACUCCAUGACAGAUUCCGCAGCCACAAGGAAUCCAUCGGACCUAUCCACCGUACCAGGGUCCUGAGGCCUGUUGACAAAGACGAGAUUCGCCUUUUGCUGCUGGAGAACAUUAGCCAGGAGGCUGUUGCGGCCUUUAAGCAGCAGGGUUUUCAGGUUGAUCACUUUUCGAAGUCUUGGAGUGAGGAUGAGCUUGUGGAGAAGAUCGGGCAGUAUCACGCCAUUGGUAUUCGCAGCAAGACGAAAAUCACGCAUCGGGUCCUGAAGGCAGCGUCCAAGUUGGUCGUUAUUGGAUGCUUCUGCAUUGGCACCAAUCAAGUCGAUCUCAACAGUGCAGCUCAUGCUGGCAUACCUGUGUUCAAUUCGCCUUUCUCCAACUCGAGAUCAGUCGCGGAGCUCGUAAUGUCUGAGCUCAUAGCACUUUCACGACAACUAUUUGAUCGUGCGCGAGAAAUGAAAGAUGGACUUUGGAACAAGAUGUCGAAAAACUGCUGGGAAGUGCGAGGCAAGACGCUCGGGAUUGUCGGCUACGGGCAUAUCGGUUCUCAACUUUCCGUGCUGGCCGAAUCAUUUGGCAUUCGUGUCCUCUUCUAUGAUGUGGUCAACAUUAUGCCUCUCGGAUCUGCUCGGCAAUUGCCCACGCUAGAUGCUCUCCUCGCGGAGUCUGACUAUGUUACGCUCCACGUUCCCGAACUUCCGGAGACCAUAAAUCUCAUCGGUGCUCCUCAACUAGCGCAGAUGAAGAAGGGCUCGUAUUUGAUUAACAACGCUCGUGGCAAGGUGGUCGAUAUUCCUGAGUUGGUAAAGGCGUUGAAAAAGGGUCAUUUGGCUGGUGCAGCCAUUGAUGUGUACCCGUCCGAGCCGGGAUCCAACGGUUCACCCUUUGAUGACCAACUGAAUUCGUGGGCCUCAGAGUUGCGCUCCAUUCCGAAUGUCAUUUUGACGCCACACAUCGGCGGCUCGACGGAAGAAGCCCAGCGCAUGAUCGGAGAGGAGGUUUCUACGGCAUUGACUCGCUAUUUGAACCUCGGAACGUCAUUUGGUUCCGUCAAUUUCCCAGAAGUGGACCUGCGCGCUAUCGACAUUGACCAGCCCAACCAAAUUCGGUUAUGUCAUGUGCAUAACAACCAGCCAGGUGUACUCAGGCAGGUCAACGAGAUUCUCAGCCCGUACAACGUCGAGAAGCAAUACUCGGACAGCAAGGGCGAUAUUGCCUACCUCAUGGCCGAUAUUUCGGACGUCAGCCAGCAGGACGUCGAGCGGCUGCAAGAGAAGAUCUCGGCCACGAGCGCGAAUAUUCUUACGAGAGUGCUGGCGUAAAAUACUCGUAUCCGUGCGGUUCGCGGGAGGAUAGGAUUGUAAAAGGUUAUGAACGGUUCCACCCGACGCAUAUAGAGUGCGAUAUAGAGCAAUUUAUAUUUGUCGCCCCAUUCAACUGGCAUCACCAUUCAACUGGGCACUCUGUUGCCAAGCUUUGUCACUAAAAUUGUAUAGUAGUCGGUUUCAUUAAUAAUUGACAAUUAUAACUCGUGUGUAUAG